GCCCUGUACGCUACGUUUACUAAUACGGUGACUGGUCCCUUUUUUUCAGAAAGCCCAAUUAAAGUUUGUUUGAUGUUAAUGUUCACAAUUUUUUCGUUUUAUUCUCUUUGUCUUGUCCACUGGUAAGUUAUCUCUUCUCUUUUUUUUUUUCUUGUCCUAAUACCGUUCCCCGUGGACGCCAUCGGACCAUACCGUGGGUAUCAAAGGUUUUUCUCGCGUGCAGCGGGAUGCUUCAGCUGACACAUCUCCGUCUGAAGGACGAAAGUCGCUACCGGAAACCGCGCAUAAAAGUCUUGAGCUCCCAGGGUAUCAUAACCAGCAAUAACGAGAAAUUGUCAGCAAGCAAAUUGACGUCAUCGAGUUUAAUGACCACGGAUGUUACCUUAUUGAUACGUUGAUUAAGUGCCACGGAUCCGCAACAAAGUCUGGAAAUAUUUGUUACCAAGUGAUCAUUUACAACCUGCGUAGCACGCGCACGAGAAAGUUUGAAAGAAAGAACGGCAGUGCGAGAGAGGAGGACUCGCGCAUGUCCGUUUCUCUCGCGCAUAACUUACCCCACUCGCCGUAGUUCGUUUGUGCCCGCCACGCAGGCUAAGUGAACACUGGCUUGGUUUGAGUUUAACUCUUUAAGUCCCCUUUAAGUCCUUUAAGACACCGUUUAAUGUACGUAUUUGCCCUCAUUGCAGUGGGGAAUCCUCUAAGGAUUACACUACCACGGAGCUGUUCACAUUACCCAUAGUCACGUGGUACGAGGCCUGUUAUCUUUACGGGUUGCUAGUUCUGGAGUUUUACUGCACCGCUGUUCAUCCUGUAACUGUGCUUUUGCCACAAAGUUGCCUUUUUCUGCCUCUGAUGCUGACUUCUGUGUACUGCGCAGUAGGAGUCGUUUGGGCGUGGCUUUUUUUUUACGUGGACACGUUAAGAGGGGUCGCACAAACAACGAUGAACCCACCAGGGUGGUAACUUUGAAACCAGCUGCACCAGGGAAGAAAACGACCAGAAAGAAACAAUGAGUAGAAACGUUUGAUAUUAAUAUGAUAUUAAAUACCUUUAGAUUCGAGGACGAGAACGACUACCAAUACGAGAUUUGACUGAAAGGUUUCUCGCGUAUUCUCAAAAAUAGAUACCCCGAAACGCGUUAUUGUACGUUUUACCAGAAAUUUAACGCUGUUAUCUUUAUCGGAGGAGGUUAAGCCCUCUCCCGGUCGCAAAAUAAUAAAAACUUUAACAUUUGAUAACUUAUUUCCGCAUUUUCGCCACCAUGAUAGGCUUGGAUAAAUUUUGCCGGCAGAAGUUCGAGCAGAAUAGGUGAUUUUUGAGGCGAGCAAUCUGCUGGCAGAAUAUGGCAUUUUCGAGCAGAAUUUGAGCAGAAUGAGGGAAAAUCAGAGGCGCUAAUGAUAUACAUAACAGUUGUAAGAAAAAUUUAAAACUAAAUAAAUAAAACAAUUGGAAAAUACCUUGUGAUUAAUUUGAUUGUUUAAUAGCUAAAACGCACUCACAUUAAAAGAAAGUCCCCGUCCA